GGUCAACACUGAACUGUAAAAGAUAAUACCUAUGUAAAAUGGCCGCCUCUGAGGUGCUUCUUUCAGGGCGUCCAUUCCUCUCACCGCUUUCAAAAAUUUCAGGCAGAUGCCCCUAUUUUACACCUCCCGAAAUGGCAUGCUCCACCUUCAGGCCCUUCUUUGCGCAGCAACCACCUUCAAUUCAAAGGAGAGUGGAGCUUUCGUCAGCUGACAAAUCCCACCAUGGGGCAAAUAGUUCCCUUCUUCCUUUCGCUGCUGCUCUCAUUGGUUCAAAAAAAAAAAACGCAGAACGAAGAAGGGGAUGCAGGACAAGUGCGGCGGCCUCAGGGCCGUCUAUUCCAGCCGACAGGCGCAAUGAGAGGGACGGAAGUGAGACGGCGUCAUCUUCUGGGAGGUGGGAGAUUCCAGACAGCGGGGAGCUGGAGUACAAAUGGCUGAUAGAAGGUGGAGAGAAGGGCCCAGUCAAAGCUUCUGACAAUGACGAAGAGGAAGUUGAAUGGGAGGAGUACGAAGAAGAGGUUGAGAUUGAGGAAGGCCAGGAGUAUGAGAAGGUGGUGUAUCGAGAGGAGGAGGAAGAGGAAGCGCCACCGCCGUACCCGUUCAGCAUGGCGGAGACGGUGCACGUAGGGCAGUUCAAGCUGUGGCCGGAGCAGUGGCCGGACAUUAGGGAGCUCCAAGAGAAGGUGAAGAAGAUGUUCACGGCGGACGAGGCGAAGCACGUGAUCCGGCUGAGCGACCCUUUGGUGCGGAAACGCUACCCAGUCACCACCAACUACGACUUCGACUUCCGGCUCGCUAUCAUGGAGCUUUUCAUCUCGCUCGUCAGGGAGGAGCACGGUUUCGCGAUCUGCUUUUUGGUCCCCGACGGCAAGAAGGAGCCAGCGAAUAACAGCGAGGUCGGGAUGUCGAUCGCGGUGCGGAACGUCCUGGAGCACCCGCGGACGAAGCAGCCGUACCUGGAAGUCAUGUAUCAGGACCAUAGUUUCACCAAGCACUUGCUGGACAGCGGGGAGUCGACUACAGAACAAGUCGCGGAGCAUUACCAGAUGCUGAUGAGCGAGUGCACGCCCGCACGCCAACCGGAACCCAAGCAGAUUCUUUGCAGCGAACGAAUGUUUGCGCGCUUCCGGCGACUCCUGCAAGAGAACGAGGUCUUGAUUGGGGAGCUCACCAAGUGGCAAGAGGCGCGGCGCACCGACGACUGGCGGCCGUCGUUUAUCCAGUGCUUCGAAAACGUCGACUUUGACAAGCACCAGGGGCUUGCGGAGAAUCUCCGCAAUCAGGGGCUGAAGCCGGUGAAGGUCGGCCGGGACUGGUAUGUAACGCCACUAGUGCCGGGAGACGAGGGUUACGACCCGAAAAAGGCAGCCAAAAUUGCGGAAGAGGGUCCGCCGGGGCAGGGCUACAAGGAUUGGAUUGGGGUGGACGUGGAGAAAGUGGGGCCGCUGGAAGGGGUGGGGAUGGGGAAGGGGCCGUCCGUUGAAACGUAUGAGAUGCCGGGGGAUUUGAGGGAGAUCAAGAAGUCGAUGGAGGAUAUGGAUAAGGAGACGGAGGAGUCGCUUCGAACGGCGCAAGUCUUUGCAAAGAAGUAUGGGUUGCCGUUAAACGAGGCAAUCGAAGCGCUUGCGCAAUUGGAAGAAAUGGAGGCGAUGGCAGAGGACGACGAGUCAAGAUAACCUGCGGCGGCAAUACGUGUACAGAAAUUGACAAUGGGCAUGAUUGUUCAUCACUGUAGGUACUAACAGUAUGCAGCUCGCCUCAGGCAAUAUGUUGCACAGUCAUGGUCAAGUCGAUGUAUCAACCACAGACAUUCAAUUAAGUUGGCUCCACAUGCAAAAGAUCAAGCUCUUAUAGUCUCA